UGUUUCACGUGUGUGUAUUUCGUCAAUGACUAUACUGAGGUGCAAAAAAAUAUUAACGGCGCGUAUCGACAAUACAUGGCGCAGGGUACUGCCGCCAUUACAUACAGUGCGCAUCGACCUUGUGCCCCGAUAGGUCUGUGUGUGCUUACAGUGUGUGGCGUGUAUACAAGCACACGGUGAUACGAAUAGGAGAGAGGUUUUUUGUCCAUCUACAGCGAUCAAGUUUUCAAUUUGAAAUAUAUUUGAAUCGUACAAUCAUGGCGGUAAGCGAGUUGCUUGGUCUGGUUCUCGCCUCUGUGGUGUGUCUGAUAGCAUACAUGGUUUAUAUCGAACCGUUCCCCAAUGACGUAGCCGACAGCCCAUGGAGGGUCAGACUGGCUUCGUACAGAGUCAUGUUCAAGUUUAUGUCUACCCCGUUGGUACCCACGAGAAUCAACAACUGGCUAGAGGAGCGAUACAGAGCGAACAAGCGGGCAAUCUCGCCGAGAGUACCGUACACAGACACGGUGCUUGACGGGGUACCAGUCCGGAUAUUUGCCGAUGAGCAAACCGGAGGGAAGACCGAUACACGGCCGGCCAUCGUCUUCUAUCACGGCGGUGGCUGGGUCAUGGGUAGCCCUGAUAUGUAUCAUCCAUUGACGUCGCAGUUGGCACAGGAACUGAAUGCUGUGGUGCUUUCAGUCGAUUACCGACUGGCGCCCAAAUAUCCGUUUCCCGCGCCGCUAGACGACUGCACAGUUGCUACGGUCUGGUUCCUGAAGCACCUGAGCGAUUACAACGUCGACCCUACUAGGAUUGCUGUAAUGGGAGACAGUUCAGGUGGAAAUCUAGCUGCAGCGGUGGCACAACGCCUGACCUUUGACCCAGAGUACCGUGAUUUGCCCAAGCCUAAGCUACAAGUCUUGAUCUAUUCACCCUUGCAAGCCUUCGACUUUAACACCCCCUCCUACCAAAGGAAUGGCAACUACUGGGUUCAGCUCAACAAGCCCCUCAUGACCAUGAUGUGGAGCAAGUACCUUGGCAGAGAUGUGGGGCCGGCGAUGAAGACUAACAAGCACACCUCUUCGGCCGCAAAAACAUCCCCACUGGCCCACAAGUGCCUGUCCCACGACCUCAUCCCGGACGAGUUCAAACAGACUGGCUACGAAGCUCCUUCAACUAACUUCGGUGAUGAGAGCAUCUACAACGAGAUCAAAGAGGUUCUCCUGGAUCCAGACUUCGCUCCUCUCAUGCGAGAAGACCUGAGAGGACUCCCAGAGGCUUACAUCCUGACCGCCGAGUAUGACGUCUUGAGGGAUGACGGCAUCAUGUACGCCAAGCGUCUGGAGAAGGCGGGAGUGCCAGUUACACUGAAGGAUUAUCUAAGAGGUUUCCAUGGUAUGUUCGGCACCGGGCCCAGUUGCCCGUUAGUUUGCACACCUAUGGUCGAAGAGAGCUUCUGGCAUUUCAUUGCGUACGCAAAGGAACGUCUUUGAAUUGAUUAUCUUCAUUUAUACUUAAUUAUCACUAGCUCUUCUUAUCGAUGGCUUCUUUGAGAUUCCGGGAUGUAUAAUUCUCCAGGUGGGUUUUAAAAUAAUUAUGUUGGCUUAAAUUAAACAUGUUUAGAAUAUUGAUGGAUAGUGUUUAGCCAAUGAACAUUGAUGUUAAGGAAUUUUGAAUCGGACAUCGACACGUAAUAUUUAGCUUAAAUGUGUUAACAAAGUGAUAGCAAGAUUGUGUUUAAUUGAUCAUCGCAGAUUUUAGAGUGGUACUGGUGUACAUGUAAUGUUUAGUAACUGAACUAGAUAACGCAGAUGUAGGGUUCCAAUAUUGAAAGUAAAGUUCAGUGCGUGAAAUCGCGUAACUGCAUUCGGCUGAAUGAUAACGUGACCCAGACGCUGAUUUAAGGCGCAAUUCAAAACAUGACUCCUCAGCAAAUUUUAAAUUGAAAACGAGAUCCUAGAAGUUUGUUUUCUCGGAAUAUACAGCAUUUACUGAGCUGAAACUUCGUCAGGUUAGUUGCUAAGCACCAUUCUUUAGAUUUUGAGCACUUAACUUGCUUCCAAACAAAAAAAUCACAAAUGAUAGAUACUGUACUCUAUAUUCACCUCAGGCCUAGGCCUAUGUAGUAAAGCCUAUUACUUAAUUAGCGAUGUUGUUUCACACUGUAUAUAGAACAAUAUACUAUGAAGAAUGUUACUGAAAUAGUUUUAAAAUGUUGCUUAACAAUUGCGCAUCAAUCCCAUUUAUCGUUUUGUAUUGUAUUUGUAAUGUACCGUAUUGUCUGAGUGUUGUCAUUUGAAUACAGGGCCCCUAUAUGUAAAACAGUUUUACACUGGGCAUAAUACCCUGGAUAACGAAAUAUAAUAAAUAAAUAAAUACAUUAUCUA